UCACUGCUUAUUAGUUAUUAUUAUGAUAAACUUCAUUCUUCAUCUCAUCGGCAGACAAACCUCGAUUCAAUUCUUUACACACCACAAAGCAAUAAAAAAAGAAAAAAACGAAGACAUGUCUUGUUCUUCCGUCAACAGUAACAACACUCAUAUCCUGGUGUUCCCAUACCCAGCUCAAGGCCACAUCCUAGCACUCCUAGACCUCACCCACAAUUUAGCUCUAAGAGGUCUAAGCAUAACCAUAAUAAUCACACCAAACAACCUCCCAAUCCUCAAACCCCUCUUAACAACCCACCCAACAACCAUCCGUACACUCACACUCCCGUUCCCUUCUCACCCUACCCUUCCGGCGCGUGUAGAACACGUCCGCGAUGUUGGUAACACUGGAAACUACCCCUUCAUCAACGCCCUCUCUAAACUCCAAACUCCAAUCAUUGAGUGGUGUAGGACCCACACUAACCCCCCUGUGGCUCUUAUCUCCGAUUUCUUCCUUGGCUGGACUCACCAACUCGCUGACCAACUCGGUAUCAAGAGAAUCGCCUUUCAGUCCUCCUCCGCUCUCUUGGCCAUCAUCUUCCACCGCACCUGGCCGGAGGCGCCGGCACUCAGAGCCCGUCCGAUGGUGGAGUUCCCUGACCUGCUCGGAGCCCCGUCGUUUAGGAACGAGCACCUUCCGUCGCUUCUACGACUCUAUAAAGAAUCGGAAUCGGAAUCAGAGUUCGUGAGGGAGAGCAUGAUCGCUAACACGACCAAAAGUUGGGGUUACAUAUUCAACACGUCACGUGCGCUGGAGGGUCCAUAUUUGGAGCACGUGAGCAAAAUAAUGGGACAUUCGCGGGUUUUUGGGGUGGGCCCCUUGUGUUUGAUUGGAGUUGGUGGCGGGUUUAAUCGUGUCGAUCGGAGCCCGAAUACCGGAUCCGGUAAUGUUUUGGAGUGGCUUGAUGGGUGUGAGGAAGAUGGAUCGGUUUUGUAUGUGUGCUUUGGGAGUCAAAAGCUGUUGAGGAAGGAGCUCAUGGAGGCCUUGGCGGCCGGGUUGGAAAGGUCAGGGACCCGAUUCGUUUGGGUGGUGAAGGAGGCAACCACAGCAGAGCACGUGGAGAAAGGGUACGGGUCAGUGCCGGAUGGGUUUGAGGAUCGGGUUUUGGGUCGGGGCCUACUUGUGAGGGGAUGGGCUCCACAAGUGAGCAUUUUGGGUCAUCGAGCUGUGGGUGGGUUCCUGAGCCAUUGUGGGUGGAAUUCAGUGUUGGAGGCGGUAGCAGCUGGGGUUGCUUUAUUGGGAUGGCCAAUGGAGGCUGACCAAUUUGUUAAUGCAUGGUGGUUGGUGGAGGUUAUGGGAGUUGCUGUGAUGGUAUCUGAUGGGGCAGAUUCUCUGUUUGACCCGGAUGAUAUGGGUCGGGUCAUACAUCAGUCCAUGGGUGCGGAUAGCAUCCAAAAGGAAAGGUCAAAAGCAUUGAGAGAGGAAGCUAUUAAGGCUGUCGGUGACAGUGGAAGCUCCUCCAAGGAGUUACAUGAGCUGGUUGAAGCACUAAAGCAAUUGAAGUAUAAAUAAUUUAUGGAUAAAAACGUACGUGCAGUUCAUGUAAUUGUUUCAUGUGUAAUUGACAAUAAAAAAACUAUUAGAUGAUUUGAAAAAUUUAAUUAAAUUGUCAUUUAACAGUUUUCGACUAUCAAUUUCGAAUGAAAACGAAUUUCCACGUUCACAUGUUUUUAUCAUCGAUUGUCUUUUCAGCUAUAAGAUCGAGUCAUUAACCUCAUUCCCGCUAUGAUAUU